UGAUAGUUUUGAUUAAAGGUGCAGCAGAGCAUAAAAGAGGCUGCAGGUUGAGCUGAAUCAGGAGAUCCUCUGGAACCAGGUAGGAAACUCUGCAGAGCUUGUUGAAACGUUUUCUCUCUUUCAGAGCUUUCAGGGGAUUUCUGAGAAUGUACGGCCAGAACCAAGGGAACCAGUACCCAGGAGGUAACCCUGCUUUUCCUCCACCAAUGUCCAACUGCCCUGCUGCACCUGGACAACCAGGACAUGCCGGACAUCCACACGGUCCUGGACACGGUCCUGGACACGGCCAAGGACACGGCCAAGGACACGGCCAUGGACCUGGACACGAUCAUGGUCACAGUCAUGGACAUGGACACAAAGACAAGAAAAAACACAAGCACAAGGACAAGGACAAGGACAAACACAAGCACAAGCAGAAGCACAAGGACCAGGACAAGCACAAACACAAACACAAGCAAGGCCACAAACACGGCCACUGCCACAAGAAAGGGAAGGACAGCCACGGGGCGUCCAGCAGCUCCUGCAGCAGCAGCAGCAGCAGCAGCAGCAGCAGCAGCAGCGACUCCGACUGAAUGAACAGCCAUCAGUUCUUGGAGUCCUUCUGAUUUUAAUCUCAGUUGUUUUGCAUUUAACAGUAAAUGCACAAUUAAACCCAGUAAACACAAAUAAUCGGUCAGGAAACCUGAACGUCAGAACUUAUCUCAGCUUUUAUCGUGUGGAGAAUCUGAUGUUAGUCCUGACGUCUGUUGCUCUGUGAGUGGAAAACAGUGACUGCAGUUCAUAAUAAAUGUGAAUACACAAACCACA